CUAUUACAAUCAGUGAGCAGAGUCACACCAUGGUUACUAACAUCUGGUGAGGGAACAAUGGGGGAGUCGCAAAUUUAAAAUCCCAAUUUGCAUAUAUUUAUUUAUCUAUUUUAAGAAAAGAUAGAUAGUUUUUUUUUCUUUUUUUACUUUUCUUGAAGGAAAGAAAAGAAAGUUAAAAAGGAUAUCACAGGUAGCCGUUUUCACUUGACUUGCCAGAUAUAUAUAUACACACACAUGUAUAUGUAUUAUAUAAAACAGGAAAAUGCAGGGAAAAAAAAGAAAAAGAAAAAGAAAAAGGACCCACAAUCCAAGUGGGUAAAAUGGAACCAUGUGCGAUCAUAUGGUAGUUAGCCAUUUUCUGGCCCACCAAAACUCACUUUCCAUCUCUAAAAUCCCAAAACUGAAAAUGAAAGAAGAAACGUAUGAUUCUCCACCCAAAAAAUAAACACACACACAAAAAAAAAAAAAAAAAAACGUAUAAUUCAAUCAUAAUUAUUACAUCAAACAUUUGAUUCCCAUUUCUCCUUCUUCUUUACACCUCCCAUUUUCAAUCUCGUCUUUCUCUCUCUCUGUCUGUCUCUCAUUUUUCUUCUUGUUUUCUAUUUUUAUUUUGUUGUGCUUUCACUUGUUUCUCUUCCUGAAAGUUCCUUAGCUACCCACAUCUCUUUCUCUUUGUUUCUUGUUCCGUUAGGUAAUUUUGUAGAUUCUGGUGUCAGAGAGACAGUACACAUAACUAAAGAUUUUUCCUUUUGUCUUUCUGAUUUCUGAUCAGUAAUAGGUCCCCCUUAUUUUUUUGUGUCAGAAAACAAAAUCUCUUAUCUGCAACUGUUCUUUGUCUUUUGAUUGAUCAUCUAAUCCUUAAAAGAAAAAAAGAAAAAAAAAAAGCCCACCAUAGUUAGUUACAAGUACUAUCAUAUCUUAUAUCAAUAUAUUUAUAUAUCCGUCAAAUACCCAACUCACGAAAAACCCUAAUUUCACCUGCAGAGCAAUUAAACUUUUCCAUCUCCAUGAAUCAUCCUCACCAGUGUUCUUUAAACCCUAAUUCCUUAAAAUCUAGGUUUACUAAAGGGUUCCUGCGAUCGUUGCUUAAAAUCAACAGGCAAAGAGUUCGUAAUAACAUUCCAAGUUGUUCUAGUCCUGGAGAGUUCUUUGAAAGAUGCCAUAGGGUUAAGACUGCUGCAGAUAAAUCCCUAGCUUUUGCUGUUGGGAGGAGGAGAGCUUGGAGUAGGGCAAUGCUUUUCAAGAUUCGAAACCGAGCACGAAGAAGGCGGCGGCAACACUGUGUUUUAGUUAAAAGAAUCAACCAUCAUCAAGCCAAGAAAAUUAUUUGCUUAAAGAAAGAACAAAUCAAUGAUGAAGAAGCUGGUUUUGAUCAAGCUAGCAAGCUAAGAAAGCUAGUUCCUGGCAGUGAAGGUAUGGAUUUGUGCAGUUUAUUGGAUGAGGCUGCACAUUACAUUGAGUGCCUUAAUACUCAAGUACAGGUGAUGAGAAGUAUUGCUGAUCUAUGCUCUACUUAAUUGAAUUGCCUUCACUUAAUUCAUAUUAAUUAAGUAGAGAACAGAAAUAAUGAAUAUCCAAUCAACAGAGAUGAAAGAGAAAAAGAAAAUGAAUGGCUCAGAAAGAGAAAUCUUGGGUAUUUUUGUGAAAAUUAUCCCAUUGCUUAAGUACUAUCCUUAGUAAUAUCUAUACAUGUAUCAAUGAACCAUCAAAAAAUCAUUUAUAUGUAUGAAAAUGUACUUUGAACAAGGGGAGGUUGAUAGUUGUAAAAAGUAAUUAAUAGGUAUUAUAUAUAUAUUUAUGUUUUGCGUUUUGUAUGGAUAUUCGGUGUGUGACCAAUGCUUUCUUUUAUAAUGGCUAUAGCAGACUGAUUGUUUA